AUGAAAAAGCAUAAAGAUAAUGAGUUUUUGUAUAUUGUUGUCUCACUAACUACAUUCAUACAAGGGUUCGAUCACUGUAGACCUGUGAUAGUUGUUAAUGCAAGUUAUCUCAGAGGACUGUACAAUGGCACAUUUGUAGCUGCAUGUACCAUGGAUGGAGCCGGCCAUAUAUUUCCAUUGGCAUAUGGAAUAGUAGAUUCUGAAAAUGACGAAUCCUGGACAUGGUUCUUUCAGAAUCUAACUGAAGCAUACGGUGAAAGAGAACUUAUGUGUGUAGUUUCCGAUCGAAACCCAAGCAUUAUAAAAGUUGUUGCUGGUGUGUACAAUAAUGUACCACAUUACGCUUGUAUGUGGCAUCUAUGGGGUAAUGUGAAAAAAAAAAUUAGGAAGUCACAUGAUGCAUUGUCGGAAAUCUUCUAUACCAUGGCGAAAUCAUACUCAAAGUCUGAAUUUCAUAAUUUAAUGGAGAAAGUGGAGGUAGUUGAUGUUAGGGCGAAUAAUUACUUGGAGUUAGCGGGAUACAAUAAGUGGGCUAGCUCAUAUGCAAUAGUUCAUAAGGGAUGGACCUUAACAUCAAAUAUUGCAGAAUCAAUUAAUACUGCACUGGUAUCAGCUAGAGAACUACCAAUAUACGAUUUUUUAGAGGAAGUUAGAUUGAUGUUUGGUAGAUGGAACUGUGAAAACAGACAGGAGGCAUUGUACGCACGCACGGAUCUUAUUGAAAAAUUUCAAGCAAUUCUCCAACAGAAUGAAGCAGAGUGUACACGUAUGAAGGUAUGA